CCCACACACACACAGGCACAGACAGCAACAGGGAGUAGGUAAGCAAAGCCCCUGCCCCACGCCCCGUCCCCGGCGAGAUUGCUCGGCUGCUCGCGAGAUGCCGGGGCACACUCGCCACCGCGGUAGAUCGCAGGGGAGCGACGACCAUGGCCUCCAUCCCAGUCUCGUCGCCGAUCCCCAUCUCGCUAACGAGGCCGGAUCCUCCAGGAAACAAGGAGCAGCCAGAAUACUUCCAGAUUCAUUGUUUGGUGGGGACAAGCUUUGUUCAUCCAUAAGUGUGGGCAGCACCCCAAUGAAGAUGCUGGUAGAUGAUGAAGUCUCAGGAGAUGUCAGGCAUGCAUCACCAAGUAUUGUAGGAAGGCUGAUGGGCCUUGACACAAUGCCUUCAUUUGGAGACCGUAGCCACAGUACGUGCCGGAUCUGUUCACAGUUCAUGUCGGCUGGGAGUUAUUGUGACAAAUAUGGUUUCUCUGGAGAUGUUCCACAUAAGAGAAGCACUGAUCAGAUUCCAGAAUUCAAAGAUGUUUUCGAAGUUAUGGAGUCUGCAAGGAUGAAGACUCAGAGCCUAAGUUCUGGAUGCACAAACAUCUGUUCUGGACCAAACAAAGUUAACAGUGCUGAGAUGAAUUUCGUGAGGCAGAAAUUUAUGGAUGCAAAGCGUCUUUCAACUAAGAAAUCUUGUAAGAGAUCGAAAGAGUUCGAUGGUGCACUUGAGGCAUUGGUAUUGAAUAAAGAUCUUUUGUUGGAAUUUCUUCAAAAAUCCAACCAUUUUCCCACGAAAGAUUCUACUGAUAUUAGUUGUUCUCCAUUCUCUGCUGUAAACCGUAUUACCGUGUUGAAACCAUCCAGAAGAAAUAAGUUUGUUGAUGCAGAUGUUAUUUAUCCAUCAGAAGAUACUAAAAGGUGUUGUCGUGCACCAAAAGGAGUGAAGCAUUCUCCAACGAAUCCUUGUGCUAACCAUUCUAGUCAACCUCCUCAAGAGAACACUAGUUCUUUCAGACAGAAAUUUCCAAGGUCAAGCUUCAAGGAAAGGACUGACACACACUGUUCUCCUACUCGCAUUGUCGUCUUGAAGCCAUGCCUCGGCAAAACUGAAAACAUGGAAGGAGCAUUUCCACUAACACAUGAAAUGUUUCAGUCUAGUUACAGAAAGUCCAAAGCAACCCUUGAUUACGGCAGUGCUGCUCAGAGUCGACAUACAGAAGAAUACAUGUAUCAGAUGCCAACAGGAAAAUUUGAUGUGUUAGGCCGUGGUGGCCAAGGGUCAAUAGAAAUUGCCUGUGAGGUCACAGAAGAAAUGACGAGAGCUGUAAAGGGAGGCAUAAGUGGAAACCGGAUAUUCAGUCCAGAUAUUGGGCCAUUUAGCUGUGAUGCACAAGCAUCUUUAUUAUCAUCCAUGGCAAAGCUAAAGAGUUCGGAGGCAUGUCAAAGAUCAAAUCGUUGCCAUGAUGCUUGGGACGGUCCCAACUCUGGUCAUUCCCCAGCAUAUUCAACUAAAACAUCGAUUAGGAAGGAAGCAAAAAGACGCCUCUCUUAUAGAUGGAAGAUAACUAACCAAUAUCAGCACCCAUCACAAGAUGCUAAUUCAUUCCGUACACUAGGGGACAUGCUUACCCUCUCUGACAAUGAGGUAUCAAGAUUUACUUCAGGAUCAUCAAUUUGCUGCAAAUGCCCAAAGGGAGAGUUGCAUAGGGAUGGAAUGCCAGGGUUGUGCGGUUAUCCUCUUGGUAUCAGCAGCAAUGAUGGUUGGAAAGAUGAGAAUGUGUGCAAUUCGACAAGGUUGAAGUCUCUUCCUUCUUCAUCCAUUACCCAAAAGAGCCUGAAGAUGACCCGCAGAAAAGAAAAAUCUAGGCUUGGUGAGUUCUCUGUACUCAAAGACCAAUUCAUUGUGGCACAUAAUAAUUCUGAAGAUGAGCUAGUUCAUGGAAGACCAAUGAGAUCACUGGUCAGGACAUCAACUCACUGCAAUGAAAGUGAUCUGCCAUCGCUGGAUGGAGAUGAAAGUAUGGUUACUGAAUGUGAGAUAAAUGUGAAUUUUGAAGAACCGGCUUGCAGUGUUUCUGUGCCAGAUUCAUCUGAAGAGAGACUUGUACAGCCUGCAAAUUCCAAACAUUUUUUAAGUGCAGAAUGCUAUUUGGAUAGCAGCUACGUGGUUCCAGAAUGGCAAGAUGAGGACCAGCCUUCUGUUUCAGGGAACCUGGUGAUGCAUCAAGAGUCAACGUGGGUGCUAGAUGACCAUAUUGUUUCCCCUAGCCCCAACGACUCUGCAAACGAGGCUGAGGAACAUGUGCUUGGUCAAUGCGUGGGUCAUGCAUUCACCUCCAAUCCUACGGAAGAGUCAGUGUCUCACGUGAGCUCACGCGAAGAUGAUCAGCCACCAGUGUCAGUUUUUGAAUCUUCCUUGGGCGCGGAAGAUGGCUGUUCAGGAGGCUUUGAGAAAAUAAGCGCAGAUCUGCAAGAGCUGAGGAUGCAACUUCGGCUUCUCAAGAUAGAAGCCACAUACAAUGAUGAUGAAACCGAGCUGGCUCUGUCGAGCAAUGAUGGAAUUUCUGCCAGCUGCAAACCACGUAAUGAGGCUGGUCAAAUGUCCGACACCUUUUGGGAUGCAGAUGAAAGAGAUUUUGCCUAUGUCCUUGACAUUCUCACUUGUCUGGGUAUUCAGUGCGAUGAGCAGGAUUUUCUACUGAAUGCAUGCUAUUUGUGGGAGUAUCCUGCUCCUGCGGGCAGUGAUGUUUAUGAGAGCCUAGAAAAAAAGUACGGGAAGUACAUCCUGUGGCCUCAAUCUGAUAGGAGGCUCCUCUUCGAUCUGACAAAUGAUGCCCUUAUGGGUGUGGUCACUUCUCUGACAGACAGUGGGAUGCGGAAGAAGUGGCAGUCCAAAAGAAUGGGUAAAGAGGGGGUUUCGGACCAUGUGUGGGAAAGGGUGUGCCAACAACGGCGGGAAGCAGAAUGCUUCCAGGAGGAAAGGCUGAUGGGUGUAGGGUGGUUGGACUGCGAAGAUGUCACGUAUCAAAUUGCGGGAGAGCUGGAGAGCAUGCUGGGUGCGGAUCUCCUUGAAGAAGUAGCCGAGCUGCUGCUGUGACUGGUAAAGUCCAAAGCACCAGUGCUCCUAUCCUCUGACAUGUAAUGUGAUAGGGUAUUAUUCUAUACGCUGAUUUCCCAGCAACUCCAUAUAUAGGUCAUAUAUAGCCUUGUGUUACUGGUACGAUGAGUGAUGUUAGGGUCAGUUUGGCAGAGCUCCCAGAGCUGAUUCUCUGCUGAAUCCAGUAAGAGCUCUGCCAAACAUUUUUCCAGAGAGGAGUGAUUCUUUGCUGAUUUUGUGGAGUGAUUCUCUGAAAUGAACUAAGAGGCUGGGAGCUGAAAAAAAGAAAGUAGCUUCUCCUGAUUCUGUGAA